AUGAUUAUUUCUCUGCUAGGGAGGCGGUCUGAUAUAAUCACCACCAAAUUCCCUUUCCUUCCAGAAAUUGUAGCUCAGAUUCUAUGUGUCAUGGUCUCAGAGGGUGUGAUCGACAAAGAAAAGUUUGAUUCUUUUUAUGGGCUAAUGCAUGAACCUUCGCUCGAAGAGCUGAGAGAGAUCAUCCAAGAGGAGGGUUCCUUUUCAAUCAGGGAGAUGCGGGAGCAUGACCCUAGAACCGAUAUAAACAAGACUCUCAGCACCCCAGGCAUAUUCGUGGGAUUUCUGAGAUCUUUGUUUGAGCCGGUAAUAGUCCAACAUUUUGGAUAUGUCAUGGAUGAAUUCGUGAGGACCGUGGAGCGGCGGUAUAUCCUAGAGGGAAGCUUGCAAGAGGAGCGUGCCAAGUGCCCUUAUGCUAUGCUGGUCAUAUCCCUCGCAAAGGCAUGA